AUGUCGCAUACAACCCAAAGUAUUUGGGACGUUUAUGAACGCGACUACCGCGACGCAUGCCUCUUUGUUGAAUACCCCGCCAUUGAUGACAUUGUAACCGCAGUCAUUUCUCGCCUUAUGGACCCUCUUACCAGCCCUCUCGCCAAUGUUCGGCUGCACCGCCUAACCACUCGACAGUGGUAUGACUCGUUGCCGCCGACGAUAUUUCAGGCCAAGUUUCCCGUUCACCGUCUGAUUCAGACAGGUGGAUGGGCAUUGGGCGACAUCAUCCAAUUAUCCCUAAAGAAGUCGGGCAUCCACACGCUGACUGACGAUGAAGUCAAGAUUGUGGUUCUUGCCCUCACCAGCGAUAAAGUCAUCAGUGCGCUAUUGCAUCUGGUGAACCCACAAGAACCAACCCCUCUCCUCGCACACAUAUAUGGGUUUUGGCCUCCCCAGGGCGAUGUCCCAAAUGGUGCUCCUUUGCACGACGCCUUGGCUUGCUACGCAAGUAUGACGACAAAUGACAAUGUCCCUCUUACUCGACAGAACCUUCUUCGCCGUCAACUUGUUAAGCUCUUCCGAUCUGUCGUCCAGUGGGCUGUUGAUGAGGUUGUUGACGCGGGGGACCUAGUGGAACCAGAUGUCGUUAGUGGUGGCGAGGCUGAAGAGAAUCAUGUACUUGUUCCGACCAUGCCGACUCCGACCCCCAAUCUGCGCCCUAGUCUUCUUACUCAUCCCUCUCCCGCUACCCCCAACAUACGUGGUGAAGACGAAGGUGUUGCUAGCAUGGAAAUAUCCGCGAUAUUGGCGCCGCUGCAGGGACUCCGGCCGAGUGGUGUUGAAGCAAUCACACCUUCACGAUCGUUGACUGGGAGUAAAGGCAAGAUGAAGAAGGAAAAUCUACGACCUGUCAGCAACGUCAAUACAUGCGAUGAGGGAGAAACAGCAUCGUCGUUUACCCAGAACAAGAACGGUCGUGAUAGCAAUCGUGGCCUACGACUUGUCAUUGGUUCGGUAAUAAAGUCAGAUACGAUGUUCAAGUAG